CUCUCUCUCUCUCUCUCUCUCUCUCUCUCCCCCUCGAUUCCGCGGUUUUUCAUUUGAGAAAUAAUCCGCCGGAGCGUGCGUGCGUAGGAACGCGCGCGGCUUAUUAUUAUAGCCCGGUAUACCGAACUUGCUGUACGUGUAUAGACAUAAGGCCGCGGCGGCCGCUGCAGCAGGCGUAUAUAUACAUAUGGUUUAGCGUGAUGUGUGUAACUCGCACAUCGAUGUUUACCGCGCGCGCAAUAAAAGCGAGUAUAUAUCCUCUCUCUCUCUCGCUCGUAUUACACGGAGCAAAGGUAUAUAUAGAGAGCAAGCGCGGAGUAGGUAGUAUAGGCGCGACAGAUGGUGGCGCGAUAUCGGCCCCAAUAUUACGACUCAAUCAGUCCCCAUCGAUCAGAGAGCGCGAGCGCUAGCAUUCGGCCGUACAUGUGUAUGUAUUGUGUAUACGUGAGUGUGUACAGGGAGAUAGAGCGAGCAAAUAUUAAAGUAUAACGCGUUGGAGUUUUUAAUAAAAAUCCGUCUAUCCGGAGGCGGCCCUAAUGAGCGCAAGUAGCAGCUAUUUUUCACGCGCGAGAGUCGUAUUUUUAUUAGCCGGAGCUGCGCUCGCGCUCAAGAGAGAGAGAGAAGGACUAUAUCCAGAGAGCUGUCAGCCGAAUAUUAAUCAUCUCCGGAUUUCUUGGCUCCCGCGCUCGCUGCUUUUAUGAAUAUCGUUCUUUAAUGCCAGACAGAGCUCGGCUCUUUCGUUUUUUCCUCUCUCUCUCUCUCUCUCGACUAUACACGCAGCAGCGGCAGAGCGCAAGAAUCAUAAUGCAGCCGGGCGGUAGACUUUAUGGGCUGCAGUAUCGCGCCGCGGUGCAGCGCGCACACACACAUAGAGCUGCGCGCAAUUGAAUAGCCUGAAAUGGAAUGGCCGAGAGCUGGCGGAUCCCUUUCGCUCUUUCGGAGUAACGAGCAAUUAGAUAACGCAAAACGUCAAACCGCGCGCUCGCAGUUAAAGCUUUGAUGGACUCGCGCGCGCUCCUGAAUUUUCUUACGUGCGCGCGCGCGCGCGUAACAAUACAACUGUGCGCGUAUACGACGUACAGCGGCGAGUUUGCGUAUGGUAUCAUAGGCGGGGAGAUGGAAAAAUGAAAAAGACGCGCUGAUAUCUGCAGGCAGAGAGGCCGAGGGGUGUAGAGGUAGAGAGAGAGAGAGAGAGAGAGAGAGAGAGAGAGAGAGAGAGCUCUGCGCUGGCGGGCAAUAUUUUACGCGCGCUCCGCAGCCGCCGCCGCCGCCGCAUCGACGUUUGAUAUUUGCUGGCGCCGAGAGAGGAGCCCAAACUCGAGAUUUACGAGGCAGAUAUGUGAUCACAAAAUGGCCGACACUAAAUCAAAUACGCUGCAUCGGAAAACAUCCGACAUUAUUAUUGGGACUUUUAUUGGGCUCGCGCUCGCGGAUAUCGCCCCCGCUCUCUGCCGCCGCCUACGGCAAUAAACUAAAACGAGCGCCGCUCGCUCGGCUGCUAUAAUUUCCGCGACUGCAUGUAUAUACGUAUACUCUCUCUCUCUCUCUCUCGAUAUUUAUUCAAACCGAAAACUAAACUCCCUCUCUUCUCGGGAAGAAAAGGACUAAUGGAGUUGAAUCUCGGCGGCGCUGCGGGGACUACUCGUAUAAUAUAACGUACAAAGUAAUUAAGGACAUCGGGCGACGGAGAGAGAGAGAGAGAGAGAGAGAGAGAGAGAGAGAGAGAGAGAAGGCAGGGGGCUUUCGGGGAAUGCGACAUUUACAUAGUAAUUAAAUCGCGCGCGCCGGCAAGUGCGCGCCGUAUACCCUUGCAGGAAGCAGUCCGGGAGGAGGAGGAAGCUUGGGGGAGAUACGAGAGACAGAGCGAGAGAGAGAGAGAGAGAGAGAGAGAGAGAGAGAAGAGAGAGAACCAUUACGGACGCAUUAGAUUGCGGUAAGCACUUGUUUAUGGCAGCUGACGGCUGACGACUCGAGCUUCCUCCCCUUCCCCCCGCAUUACACCUACUUGUGUGCUGCGCAGCAUCAAUCGAGCUGACGAAUCCUUUUUACGCAGCGACGAUGCUUAGCUUGACCGCCCGCGGCGGCUCUCUCUCUCUCUCUCUCUCUCUCUCGUCAUUGGCUUUUAAUGCGCCGCGGAUUUUUAUGAUAAAUAGUCGAUGAUGCUGCGCAUCAACAAGUUGCCGAGCGAGCGCAUCAGCGGCUCACAAUGCAUCGUGCGUAGGGCAUUAGAGAGAGAGAGAGAGAGAGAGAGAGAGCAGCAUCAGCUCGCACGUAUAUAAUGCGACAAUGCCGGCGCAGGUAUAGAGUCGAAAAGUCGCACCGGAAGCUACUCUCCGCAGCAGGGCCAUUGUCCGCGGGCGUUCGGUCUUAUAAUGGAGCAUCAGCUAUAGGGCAGAGGGGCGAGAAAAAGUGAGCCGCGCGCUGCAGCAGCCCGCGUUAUUCUCUCUAUUUGUAUAGCCGUCAGAAAAAGUCACGAAUUUCCGAGGGGGUGCUGCAGCUAAUUUGACGCUUAGAGCCGCUAUUAUGUCCUCUAACGCUCUCUCUCUCUCUCUCUCUCUUGGACGGAUUCUCCCAUGUACGUGUGUGUGCGCGCUUGUGUGUAUAUAAGCUGCUCGGCGCGUUCAAAAGCCGACUCCGACGUCCCCCCUCCGCAAAUGCAUCCCUUUAUUCGCGGCUAAUCGUUUCUCGCUCUCUUUCUCCGGCGAUGCGCACUCUCUGCUACAUUAUUACACGGCUGUAUGGCUGCGACGCUAUACACACCUAUAGGUGCGUAUAAUAGAGGUGAGCUGAUGGGGGAGCGGCUCUCGCUCUGAAAAAUAGAGAACCGACAAAUUCCUCUCGUCUCUCUCUCUCUCUCAGUCCAUAUGUGCAAGUGUGCCGCGGCCGAGUCGUUCCGAGGGAAAAUUAGCGCUUCAGAAUCGAUGCAUCACUGUCUGGCCCUGCGACGAUGCGCAUACACCACCUGAUGAUCGAGCCGCAAUCUUCCGCCGCGGUCUCGCCGGCUAACCAGACGCGUGAUGGAUCGCCGAUUAGUUUACAUAUUAAUAAAAAGCGAUUGCUUCGUUAUAUUGUCGCUGUAUUGCGCGCGCUUGGCGAGAGAGAGAGAAAUGCGAACAGCUGCACCAGCCCCUACUCAGCAGCAGCUCCCGCGACAAAGGUCUCUCUCUUUCUCGGCUGUUUGGACAGCAUUAGCCGGCCAUUUAUUCGACGUUUUAAUAGCCGCCGGGGCAGCUCACCGGGAAAAUUGAGGAAAUCGAGGUUGAGAGAGAGAGAGAGAGAGAAGAGCCGCGGCGGGGGCGAGAGAAAAUCAGAGCGCAAGUUUCAGCGACGGCGGCGGCGGCGGCGGCGGAGGGCCAAGCGCGAGUACAAGUGUGUAGGUAAGAGCGAGGAGCUCUUGUUUUAUUCAGUCGGCAUCAUAAAUAACGAGUUUAAACACACAAUGAAAGACGCUUAACAAGAAGCUAACGCGAGAUUGAGAGGCUCCGCCCAGCGCGGCUCGGCCGGGGCCGAAUCGCAGCGACCUAUGAGUGCCUCCGACUCGGGAAUCCCGCCCCGACCAAUCGCCGCGACCCGCCGAGCGGCCUCGCCCACUUUCGCGCCGGCAGCUUCCCUCGCGGUUCUCCGCCGCGCGCAGAGACCUCGUCGCUGCCUCGUCGAGAGAAGAUCGGCUCCGUUUCUCUCUCUCUCUCUCUCUCUCUCUCUCUCUCUCUACGUUAUAGUGUAGCGGACAAGCUGCUGACGAGUCGGAUAUAUAGCUAAAGAACGGACGGACGGCGCAGGCGAGAGUAGCGAGCAGCAGUGAGUGUGCUAGCACGGGACAAAGUAUGCCGCUUGCGCGAUGGUGUGCACGCUGAGCAAGGAGCCGAGUAGCCUCGGGCUCGAGCAGUUCGCCGCCCUGGACAUGUCCUCGGCCACUCCCCCGGCGGCCCAGCACCAGCAGCAGCAGCAGCCAGCCCAGCACCAGCACCGGCACCAGCACCGGCACCAGCAGGCCCAGCCGCACCACCAGCUCCAGCUCCACCAGCACCAGCUCCACCCGCACGGCCAGCUCAUGCAUCCGGUGAGUGCAGAUCCCGUCUCGUUUAUCUCCGCGAAUCGACGACUGGCCUCUGACGCCGCUGACGAUCGACCUGACCCGCAACCGCAGGGGAUCGAGCAGGACGAGCGCAGCUCCUCGGCCGGCUCGUCGAUGGGCUCGUGCUCGCCGCCGCCGCCCGGAGGCCCGCAGCCCCAGCAGCAGUCCCACUCGCCCCAGCAGCAGCAGCAGCACCAGCAGCAGCACCAGCAGCACCAGCAGCUCCAGCCGAGGCCGCCCUGGCUCCACGACUUUGCCUCGCCCCACGUCCUCCAGUUCCUCAACCUGAACGCCGCCGCCGCGGCGGCCGCCGGCUCCAUGCUCGCCGCCUCCCAGCCCCUCGCCGCCCUCCACUCCAUGGCCGAGCGCAGCCAGCUCCAGCAGCAGCAGCAGCAGGUUCCUGUCUCCAACGCCUCGGCCCAGCAGCAGCAGCAGCAGCAGCAGCAGGGCCAGAGCUCGCCGACGGGCAGCGGCAAGCACAGCCCGGCCACCUCGAUCACCUCCGUCGGCAGCAACCCCCACGGCAUCGACACCAUCCUCUCGAGGCCCGCGCCCACGCAGCCCGCCCAGCAGCAGCAGCAGCCCAGCCCGCAGCAGCAGCAGCAGUCGGCGCCGCCCGCGCCCAGAUACGCCAUGCACGCGGGAUUCGCCGCCGCGUCCACUGGAAUCGGGCAGUUCCAGCAGCGGAGCGAGCCCCGGCACCCGGCGGUCUACUGGCCCGGACUCCAGGGCCUCGUCAGCGACCCGCUCGCCUGGAGAGCGCGGCUCCAUUCCCUGUCCCAGCAGCUGGGCUGUCAGCAGCAGCAGCAGCAGCAGCAGCAACAGCAGCAGCACCACCACCAAGCGAUGAGCGGCGCCGGUUCGGAGCACGAGCCCGGCAAGAAGAAGCACACGAGGCCGACCUUCAGCGGACAGCAGAUAUUCGCCCUGGAGAAGACGUUCGAGCAGACCAAGUACCUCGCGGGACCCGAGCGCGCCAAGCUCGCCUACGCCCUCGGCAUGACCGAGUCCCAAGUCAAGGUGUGGUUCCAGAACCGGCGGACCAAGUGGCGCAAGAAGCACGCCGCGGAGAUGGCGACGGCCAAGCGGCGCCAGGAGGAGGUCGAGGGCGUCGUGGGCGAAGCCGAGGACGGCUGCAGCGACGCCGACGCCGACGGCAGCGAGCCGGACAAGAGCCAGCAGCACCAGCCAAGCUCGACGGGGACGACGCCCGAGACGGCGGCCAAGAGGCUGAGGCGCGAGCUCGAGCAUCACCAGUACGCUCCCUGACUCGGCUACUGACUCGAGCCCAGCAGCAGCGGCGGCAGCAUCCCAUAGGCGUGGCCUAGUCUCCGCUCCGAUGCUCGCGCUCUCGCGGGGGGCGGCGAGCUGCCGAGCAACCGCCCUCCUACGCUCUCUCCCUCUAUCUCCCUCUAUCUCACUCUCUCACUCUCUCACUCUCUCACUCUCUUGCCGCGUCCCUUAUAUCCCUUAUCCUCCCGCCCGGCCGCCGCUACGCUGCUCGCAAAAACCACCGCACCGCAGCCCGCGCUCUCACCCUUCCCCCUGCCCCCCCCCCCGCGCGCGCGCGUAUUCCUUUUCAUUGUAAAUACCUUGUAGAUACACACGCAUAUACUCACUCACGCGGCGGCGGCGGCGGCGCGGCCCUUAUUAUUCACAUUUAUUUACACCUGCCACACACCCACACACACAUACACCCUCGUUAUUCGGGCUAUUUAUUAUUAUUGUAUACCCUUGCGCGCCCAAGGAAAAAACUAACUUUUGUUGUUGAUGAUAUUAUCAUGAUGAUGCAAUCUUCGUUGUUUAUUUAUUAUUGCGUUAGUAUUAUUAUUAUUACUAUAUUUAUACACUCGUCGACAGAGUUUUAUCAGUACAUGUGUUAUUAUCAUUUCUGAGCGACUGCGUUUACUAUGUGUAGGACGACGUACUACGGCGUAAAACGUAUUAAAUUAUAAAUAUAUAAAUAUUAUACAUAUAAAACAAUAACAUAAUAACAAAGCUGAAUAUUGUGAAACUCGCGCGGGAGAGCAAUUUUUAAUCGCUGUACAGUAACUCGUAAUUUAUAUAAGCGAAAUAUAUAUAUAUAUAAUAUAGACAAUUGCGCGCGAUAUCGGUCGAUUGUAUAUAAUAAAGGCGAGGAGAAAAAAUAAGUAAGAAGGUAUUGUAAAAAUUAUAUAUAUACGUGUUAAAUGCAGCUUGUGUACUAUAUUAUUAUAUAUAUAUAUAUAUAUAUAUAUAUAUAUAUAUCGUCGAGGAGGAGAAGAAGAAAGGCUCGACGAGGAAGGAAAAAAGUCAGUCGAAUAAAUGGUCAAUACAAUUACAAUAGA